AUGGAGUUGAGUCAAAGCUUUCUAGGAAACUUUCUCUCCAAAGGCCUGAAAACCAAUCAAUUGGAGGUGAACACUGAUGAAAAAACUUUACGACCAAUUGCCCGUCUAAAAGAACCGCGUGAUCUCUUCGCCCUGCCAAAAGACAAGGAUCAUGAUUGCUCACAGCAGGCCCCCAGAUGGCCAGUUGAAUGUCAGGUCAUCGAGGAGCGCGUUGCCCAUAUACCCUAUGUACCAACACUGCCGGAAGCCUACAAUCAACCGACUGGGCACGAAUUAAAGCCACGUCCGGUGGGCGAAGAAAACGGCAUCGUGGUCUACAAUUACAAUCCCGUUAGCGCUGUCAAUUAUACAUCGAAGAAGAAGUCUAGAGCGCAAAAUUCAUCUAGCGAUUCGGAUAUAUCUUCUUCGGAGUCACGUGGUUCGUCGCCCGACCGCAGCACGCCCGAUCGUCGUAAGUCAAAACUGAAGAAUUCGUUCACAAAAAUGCUGGCCACCAUUGAACGACGUUCCUCCAGCAAUUCAAACGACGAAUACGACGAGGAUGACGACAACGACAAUGACGAUGCGGACAACGACGACGAUGAGGUGACUGAAGUAAAACCGACCGGAGAAGUAUUGAACAGAGUAGUUGAAGAAGAAGCUAAAGACGACAUCGAUGAUAUUUGGGCGAACAAAUCACCCGAGUUCCAGCCAGCGACGCCUACAUACAUCAAAAGUCAAUUUGGCAAAGACUUAACUGCCAUUAAAGGGAAACCUUCUGUGCCAAACACUGACAAUCUUCCCACACGACCUAUUGCACCGGUAAAAAUAACCGAACGCAAAUCUGAUGUAACUAGCACCUCCUCUGGAGAUAUAGGUUUUAGUAUGAAUAAGUCUAGCAUUAGUAGUAGUGGUAGUAGUAGUAGUAGUAGUAGCUUGAGCAGUGAACUUUAUUGUGAACGAACUUUGGACGGUGGCGAAGACGAUGAUGAUGACAGUAGUAAGACAUUGCGUGAGACGGUAACCACAACGAACAUGAACAUGCACCCCACGGCGGCAGUGAAAUCAAAAGAGCAAAAUUCAAAAUCAAUAAUGCAACCUGCAGAAAUAUUGGCAUGCAAUAAUCAGGGUUUCAAGUUCACCUCGAAUUCCAAAAACAACAACAAUAAUAUUGAUAAUCAAAAUAUCAAUAAUAAAAUUGGCAAUUCUGAUUCAUUGUAUGAACUUCAGUUUAGUCGCUCAGCAGUUGGCGGUUCCAAGAUCUUGAUGAAUUGUCAUCCCUACAACGCGGACGAUUAUGAUGGUCUGGAGUUUGAGUCACGAUUCGAGUCAGGCAAUUUGGCGAAAGCGGUGAUGAUUACACAAACCUACUAUGAGCUGUAUUUACGUUCGGAUUUGUAUACGAGCCGAUCGAAACAAUGGUUCUACUUUCGGGUGCGCCGAACUAGGAAGAAUGUCAUCUACAGAUUUUCCAUCGUGAACCUGGUCAAGUCUGAUAGUCUGUACAACGAUGGCAUGCGUCCGCUCAUGUAUUCGACCAUCAACGCCAAGCAGAUACGUGAAGGCUGGAGGCGUUGUGGCACAAACAUCGCCUACUAUCGCAACGAUGAUGACACCCCAUCCGAGGAGGAAGACGAGAACUGCUCCUAUACGUUAACAUUUAAUAUUGAAUUUCAACACGACAACGAUACGGUGUACUUCGCCCACAGCUACCCGUACACGUAUAGUGACUUGCAGGACUACCUAAUGAACAUACAGAAGGAUCCCGUCAAAUCGAAAUUUUGUAAAUUAAGACUAUUGUGUCGCUCGCUUGCUGGGAACAACGUGUAUUAUUUGACGGUGACAGCGCCAGUAGCCGACGAGGAAGCAAUGAGGAAAAAGAAAGCAAUCGUAGUAUCGGCGCGUGUGCAUCCAAGCGAAACACCAGCCUCAUGGAUGAUGAAGGGACUAAUGGAUUUCAUCACCGGCGAUACGUUGGCCGCCAAAAGACUGCGUCAUCGCUUCAUUUUCAAGCUAAUACCAAUGCUCAAUCCGGAUGGUGUAAUUGUGGGGAAUACGCGCAACUCGUUGACGGGCAAAGAUCUAAAUCGGCAAUAUCGCACCGUUAUACGCGAAACGUAUCCAUCCAUUUGGUAUACGAAAGCCAUGGUUAAAAGACUGAUUGAUGAAUAUAAAGUUGUCUUGUACUGUGAUAUGCACGCCCAUUCGCGCAAGCACAACAUUUUCGUUUACGGCUGUGAGAAUAAACGUAAUCCCGAAAAGAAGCUCACGGAACAGGUCUUUCCGUUAAUGCUGCACAAGAAUGUCGCUGAUAAGUUUUCCUUUGAAAGUUGUAAAUUUAAGGUGCAACGCAGUAAAGAGGGUACCGGCCGCAUUGUGGUCUGGAUGCUGGGCAUCACAAACAGUUACACAAUUGAGGCAUCAUUCGGCGGCUCAUCGUUGGGCUCACGCAAGGGUACUCACUUUAGUACGGCGGAUUACGAGCACAUGGGACGCGCUUUCUGCGAGACGUUACUUGAUUACGGCGAUGACACACCAAAUAAAGUAAAGCGAAUGAGUAAACAACAGGAGCGUUUGCGCUUGAAAAUCAUUGAACGUCUACUGAAAGAAGGUUCCAAUGCCGAUGAACCCCUCAACAUUCCGCUUUCCGAUUAUUCAAGCGACGAAGGAGGCGUGUCCAGCUCAGAGAAUGAAUGCCGCGGCUCGAGUUUUUCUGACUUGGAAGGACCCUGCUGCGCUCUAACCAGAGCACCACCGUCUACACCAGAAGCAGAGGUACAAAGUCGGCGGCAUAAAUUAAACCGCAUGCGUCGUGUUAUGCACGAACUCGAUCGCAUCUACUUCCAACCUUUAUUCCAAACGAAAUUCCGUGGUUUUAUGCGUUUUAAAUGGUCCAAAUCGAAGCGCACCAACAAGAAGAGCUCAAAAAAGAAGAGUUCAAGUAGUGUUGAUGAGAAUGCAAAGUCACAAACGCGAAGGCUCGGCGGUGGCAUUGAAGGAAAUGAUACAAUUAACAAGAAAGAAAAGAUUUUUAAGAAUGCGGUUGAUGGCUCAUCGCAUGAAAGUGUAUCGGUGCAAUCACCAGGUUCUGCAUUAAAUGCAAAUGGUUCAGAAGGUUGUGCAUUCCUAUCGGCCGAAGGUGGCACCGAUGAAUCGAAACCAGAUUGUAGAAAAGUGUCACACAAAUCUCAUACCACCAAGAAAAAAUCCAAGGGCUCGCCAGCUUUGAGGGAGUCACCACAAGCUCCACGCUUGGUUGUUUCAAGAAAACUUCGUAUGUGGUUGGCGGACAGACAAAUUUUCAUCUACCGCAGGAAGCGAAAGCAUCGUAAGUUACGCGUCCGUCGCUCACAUAGUCAUCGCAAACGCAGCGAAACUCGAAUAGCACUGGAUCUUCCCACGACUGACCCUAGUGCCGAUUUGAUAUUCUCCACCGACGAGGAGCCAAACGCACCUGAUGAAGACGAUUGUGUGCCACAAUAUUGCACUGUACCACGCGCACGUGCACGUCGUCUUUUACAAAGUGAACUGCAACGCCGCUAUAUUGAGGAAAUUGGCGAUAAUGCAACGGGACGAGGUAGAGCUAAAAUGCCACCUGAAUUGAUUAUUACAUCGCCAUCAAAGGGUACGAAAAUCACUAUAAGGCCAAAUAUGGCGACCUCCCAUACGGUACCAGAUGCGCUCGGUACUCUUGAAUUUCCGGUGACUUUUAAGCCGGCUAGACGCACUAAUUCAUGGCAUAAUCUCAACAAUAAUGCGUCUAGACCGGUGUGUAUGGCCCGACAAAAAUUGUCGAGCUCUUAUAGUCCCAACGAAAGUAAAAUAGAAGAACUAGAUUUGAAAUUAUCGCUGAAGAAAAGGUAUUGGGCUGGUGUAAAGUCUGACAAGAGCAGAGAAACUCUAGAGCAUCCACGACCACUUUCAUGGAAUCAACAAAUAGUGCGGCGUCAGCACCAAGCUGGGCAACAAUCAAGACAUGCGGCGUAUGAACGCAUGAAAAAACCCUCACGAGAAAAAUUAGACGAUUCUAUCUACCGAAAAGCAGACAAUGAAGCUUUUCUUAAUGCUUGUUCACAAAAGCUGCUACACUGGCAGCAGGAACUAAAUAAUGUGGGAAAAACGUUUGUGACCAGAGACCUUAGUGCUUCGCCAAUACUAACACGAAAAAUUGAUAUUCAAAUGGGCGCUUUGACGCUGGGUAUGCCAGAAAUUAUUGAUGAUGAACGGACCAUGCGUAUAUUUAGAAAAGUUUCGCAAGUGAAAAAGGACCUAAAAGCCCCCACAAAAGAGGAGGCAGCAGUCGGCGAGCAUAAGAUUAAACGGAGAAGCAAUGGACUUAUAAAAAUCGCCGAUACAUCACAGCUUAUUUCCCGCUUAACCAAGGGCAGGUCGAGAACGCGAGGUGAUCACGGUCAAUCAACUGCAACGCGCACUUGCAGCGUCAGCCUACAGCAGCAUACUGGAAUUUCGUCAAAUACAUCCAAAGCCCGUGUGCCGGGGGUCAAUCGUUUCAAAACAGGAGGCAUAGUAGUCACGGCAGUGCAGCAAUCCUCAUCAAAAAAGAUUAAAAAGGGGCAUCGAAAUAACAAAUCACAACUUUCACUUAGUGGCGCAGUAGGAGGUGGUGCAUGCAAAAAGGAACAAAACAGUAACACAGGUGGAGCUUCAAAGCUCAAUAAGACCAACCUAUCAAUUAAGUCCACAUUGAGUUCCAACACGUUUGUACGCAAAGUAAAGACAAAACUAACAAAAAAGAAGUCCAAUCAUUCACGCGACGAGCCGUCCAAUAUAGUGCCAGGAAGUCGUAUAUUGUCUAAUGUUAAUAGCAUCAUCACCAAAAACAGUAUUUAUGGAGUGCCUUUAUCACGAAAGAUGUAAUACUUUUUUAAAUAAAUGAUGAAAAAUUAGAGUAACGGCAAACGUUUAGCGGUAUUAUAGGUAAUUUUUAAAUCACUUUUGUAUGUCGUAAAAAACAAAACUAAAUUUGUUGAAAAUAAAUGUAUGUAUUAUAAG